GGGAAGUCUCGUGACAUCACCGCUCGUGUACGCUCCGCCAUUUUGAUCAUCUUCACUGAUUCAUCUUCUUACCCAAUUUUGGGGCGGUGUUUACCUAAAGUAGAAUUCUUCAAAUAGCUUUAAAAUGUCGGACGGAGAACAACCAACGUAUGUAGCCUUUUUUGGAGUUAUGGGAGCGACUGCGGCUAUGGUUUUUAGCGCCCUUGGAGCAGCCUAUGGAACGGCUAAAAGUGGUACUGGUAUUGCAGCCAUGAGUGUGAUGAGGCCAGAACUGAUCAUGAAGUCUAUCAUUCCAGUCGUUAUGGCUGGUAUUGUUGCUAUCUAUGGUCUUGUCGUGGCUGUACUUAUAGGCAGUGCAAUUGAUCCAAAGGAAUAUACACUAUUCAAGAGCUUUGUCGAUCUUGGUGCAGGACUUAGCGUAGGCUUGAGUGGUCUUGCUGCUGGUUUUGCCAUUGGAAUAGUCGGAGACGCAGGAGUUAGAGGCACUGCUCAACAACCUCGCCUUUUUGUUGGAAUGAUUCUCAUUCUUAUUUUCGCUGAAGUACUGGGAUUGUAUGGAUUGAUUGUAGCUCUUAUCCUUACGACCAAGAGUGCUAAAUAAAUACCCUGAUUCACUAAUAUCUUAAUAAUGUUCACAUGUACUUGUAAUAUUAUCAAGAAAAUCCUAAACAGAGGGGGAGACAGUAACUGUGAAUUUCUUAAAUAAGUAAUGGGUUGGUUAUUGGAAGAUAUGAUACUGUCUAAGAGUUUAUUUUUUACUUUCUCUUCAAAAUUCUUGGUAACAUUUAAUCCACAUUGUGGUUCUCAGUUGAAUGAACAAAAUUUUGUACAUGCUGAACAGAACAAUUAUCAAGAACUAUUAGCUUUUUUUCUUUAAAAAAUUGUCCCUAAAAGUGCUGGCAUUUUGCUACUUAUUAGUUUAGUUUUUUUCAUUAAUUCCCUCGUGAUUUGAGCUCUGUUUUGGCCACAAAACAUGUUAAGUAGAAUGGAUAUUUGAAUUGUACAGCUCGGAAACCCUAAAAAUACAAAUGAAUUUUUGGUGGGAUAAAUGUUUCCUCAAAACUCACUAUUAAAUUUUAAAAAAAUAUCUGCACCUCAUUAGUAUAAUUUUCUUUUCUAUUACGACAGCCAAGAACAAAGGAAAGUCUGAUGAUUCCUAUAGCUUUUCUUAAGAGAUUUUGCUUAUCUGACCACUAUUCAAGACUGGAAUCUCACAGGAAAAAAAACAGAUUCCCAAAUUGGGAAUUCGAACACGAACGUUGGGAUUUAUUGUUGGGAAGUUCCUUCUAAUACCCAAUAGAAAAACAAAAUUCCCAACAAACUAACAUCAGGAAUCAGUGCCACCUUCCCAAUUUUGUUCUCUCUGGGAAUUGGAUGGGAAUUUGUUGGGAAUUCAGGGAAAUUCCCGAGAACAAAUUCCCAAUUUGGGAAUCCGGUUUUUUUCCCUGUGCGAGUAGAAGACGACAUUAAAGUAUGGCAUUGAAGUGUCCAGUUCACUAGUCUUGCAUGACAUACUUUAACUGUCAUCAAAAGUAGGCUUAUCUUUCAAUUACAUCCAAUUCUGAUUAAAAAUAAAAAUCUUUUACUGUGUAUACUUGAAUCAAACUAUUGAUCAAACCAUAGUAGUAAUCUUCAUUGAAAAACCCAGUCCUAUAUAAGUCGAUGUUUAUCUAGAGUACUGUAAGGUGAUUGGCUGUUAGCUGCUAUAUGCAUGUAUUCUAUGCAGACGUAAUCACAUUAAUUAAUUCUGAUCUUGAAUCUUGCCUUUAAAUGUUAUGGUUGAUGCAAUUGCAACAAAGAGGGGAAGGAAUUGUGAGCUUUAUAAACUGAAAAAUAAAGUACUGAUCAAGUGAA